CGGUGGGCGGGGUUGAAGGCAACUCCCAGAGAAUGAAACCGCACACACCCGCGCCGUUGAGGCUUACGAGACGACCGGCUAGGCAUAUCGAUGUUACUUAUCGUGAACACUUCCUCUCAGUUGUCAACAACGAGUGUAAAGGGACAGUUCACAGAGGUACACACAGCAUGCACUCUGGAUGGUCCAUUUGUUUGUCCUGCAGCCAAACACACCAUAUUUGAAGGCAGAAGUCAACUGAGUGAAGCUUUGUCAUCAACUCCACCUCCCACCCCCCACCCCCAUUACAUCCAUGUGUAUAAUUUUCUUCAAGUUUGACCCCCGGCCUGCAUCCAAAAAUGCGUACAGGCUAAUUUUGGCUGCAAACAGAGAUGAGUUCUACAACAGGCCAUCCAAGGCUGCAGACUACUGGGGGACCAACAAUGAGAUCCUCAGCGGCCUCGAUCUGGAAUAUGGUAAGGAAGGAGGAUCAUGGCUGGGGAUCAACAAGCGAGGCAAGGUGGCUGCACUCACCAACUACUUGGAAGGACAUCCCAACCCUGAUGCACAAGGAAGAGGAUUUCUUGUGUCUAACUACCUAAUGGACAAAGAUCAGGACAGCUACUCCUACCUGAAGAAGGUGUCGACAGAAAGCCAUAUGUACAACGGCUUUAACCUCAUCACGGCAGAGUUCAAAUCCAAACAAGACAUUGUGUGUUACUAUGGAAACAGAGGCAGCCCUGAACCCAUCCAUCUAAAACCAGCAGGGAUCUAUGGCUUGAGUAAUUCGCUGCUGGACACUCCAUGGAAGAAACUGCUGCAAGGCAAGCAUCACUUCACUAGUGUUGUCAAUGACCAGUCCCUGUCCGGUGAUGGACUGGUGCAAGAGCUGCUCGGCGUCCUCAAUAAUGAGGAACUGAACACACCUGAUCCAGCUCAGGAGAGCCAGGGUGAUGGUCACAGCAAGCCCCUGAUCCAGGCCCUGUCAGCAGUGUGUGUUCGCUCCCCUCAUUAUGGCACAAGGACCAAUACAAUUAUCCUGAUAGACGCAGAAGGUAACGUGACGUUUACAGAGCGCACCAUGCUCAACUGUGACAUAAGCAAGUGGAACACCAGUUCUUUCCAGUUCAAGCUGCAGGUGUGAAGUUGUGGUGGAAGAAACCAGCUCUGUGCCUUUCUGCAUCACUUUUCCUUCCACACAAACACACACACACACACACACACACCUCCAGCUGCACUUCACUGUUGCAGCUAUGUAAACAUGAAGACUCAUCUGCACUUUUUCUUCAGCUAGCGUGCACUAGCUGCCUCAUAAGCAUCAGUGCUAUGUAUUUCUCUACUUGAUUUAAGUUAAUAUGCAUCUUUUGAAAAUGUGUGCUAAUUUAAAAGACUGCCAAAGAACAUUUAUAAUUUGGAUUUUGUGGAGGAAAGUUAUUUUACCUACAUGUCACAAAAGACCAGGUUGGGCUGCUCCACAUUGUAAUACAUUACAGAUUGCUGGCAACCUGCUUUGAACUGCAAUCAAUACUGUUGUGCACAAGAUUAUUUUAAUGCAAUCUAAUUUAUUCUAUUGGUGUCAGAUAUUUUUUUCCCUUUGAAUCCAUGAUAUGAGAUGAAUAUACACUUGAUCUUUAAUUUUCAGACUGCAAUUUGACAUAGUGUUAGAACAAUUAAAAGAAACCUGCAAAUGAUUUUCUGUAUUCAUGGAGUCACCAGCAUUUUUCUAGAGAAUGUGUAAUCAGAUCACAGUAAUUGUCACAGAUUAGAGUCUCCAACUACCUUUUCGAUUUCUGAUUGCUUUAACUCUCUUACAGGUAAUAUGUUAUUCAGUAAUUCACCCCAACCCUGCACAACAGUAGCCUCAGUGUUACAACAGAUAUUUCAAUGUUGAAAUAGUUUCAGGCACUGGAUAUCUGACCACUUCCAUGUUAGAAUGAUGUAUUUUAAAGCUGCUUGACAAUAAAAACAUUUUCCCCAAACUCA